AUGUAUAGUACCGUAGUACACCAGAAACGGCCCACCGCACACGUCAAGGAGGAGUGUUUGGAGUUGCGGCCGACGUUGAGUACAGUAAACGGCGAGGAGAUUACGAGAGAGGACGAUUUAGAUAUUGGUACCGACACUAAACGACAGAUAGUUCCAGAGUACGACGCCGUACAGAAACAGUCGCCGGAACAAGAUGUCAGUUGGUAUGAAGCUCAUACAGCUGCAGUUGUGAAGACGGAGCCUGUUGAUGUAACUGAGGCGUCCACAGAAACGUGUCCAGUGCUUUCUGGCAGGAUGAAUGAUAACCUUCUACAACUUUAUGAGGAGCACGAGAUAAAGACUGAUUUGGUUAUAGGACCCACUGCUGUACAAGAGACAGCAUCUGUAACUAGCACACAUUCAAUGAAUUAUUGUGCGUGUGUGUUACAUAAUGGAGAUGAUGUGAAUAAAUCUGUACAUGGGGAAACAAGAGUAGUGUUGGAUAAAGUGUAUGAAUGUGAUGUAUGCAAAGAGACAUUGUUAACAUGUUAUGUUAGACUAGAACGACACGUGGCAGCUCACACUCAGCCGGCACCACACUUGUCUAAAGAUUAUAGGGAGACUCACACUCCUGAAUCUCAGUUAAAUACUGAUGCAGUGCCUCAAUCUUGUGAAAAUAAAUAUAGUUGUGACCUGUGUAAAAAAUGUUUUUCGUCACAUUGA